AUGAUUGCAUCGUAUGGAUCCCUAGCUCCAAAACGAUACAUGUACUUAGAGGUAAUGAAGAUAACAUCCUCUCGCAGCAAUGUGCUUGGAAAAGGUGGUUAUGGUGUGGUUUUCAAAGGAACGCUACUUGAUGGCCGCCUAGUAGCAGUGAAAUUAUUGCAUGAAUGCAAGGGAAAUGGGAGUGAGUUCGUGAAUGAGGUAAUGAGCAUUGGCAGGACUUCUCAUGUUAAUGUUGUUAGCUUGUUUGGGUUCUGUUUGGAGGGAUCAAAACGAGCUCUUAUAUAUGAGUACAUGCCCAACAAUUCCUUGGAUAAGUUCAUUUACUCAGAAGACCCCAAGGAAAUUUUAGGAUGGGAUAAGCUCUAUGCAAUAGCAAUUGGGAUUGCUCGUGGUCUCGAAUACUUGCACCAUAGUUGUAAUACACGCAUCGUACAUUUCGACAUCAAGCCUCAAAAUAUCCUUCUAGACAAGGAUUUUAGCCCCAAAAUUGCUGAUUUUGGUCUAGCUAAAUUGUGUCAUACAAAAGAAAGCAAGGUUUCAAUGACCGGUGCUAGAGGAACAAUUGGAUUCAUCGCUCCAGAAGUUCACUCUCGAACAGUCGGAGUGGUUUCAACCAAGUCAGAUGUUUAUAGUUAUGGAAUGAUGCUGUUGGAGAUGGUCGGAGGAAGGAGAAACGUAAAAUCAUUUGUUGCAAAGUCCAGCGAAAAGUAUUUCCCAGAUUGGAUUUAUGACCAUUUUGCUCAGGACGAAGGUAUGCAAGCAUGUGAUGUAACAAGUGAAACUGCGGAGGUAGCAAGAAAAAUGACCUUAGUGGGAUUGUGGUGUAUACAAGUAUUACCUAUAUAUCGCCCUACUAUAACGAGAGUUCUUGAAAUGUUCGAGAGAAGCUUAGAUGAGCUGGACAUGCCACCAAAGCAAAACUUCGGUGGACUAGUUGACAUUUCAGCUCACAAUAUGGAUGUACAAAGUGCAAGCUCCACCAGUAGAAGAUCUGAGAGGAUAAGCCCUGUGACUUCAAAAACACUACAACGGCCGCCGACCCUUUGA